GCUGAGUGCAUUGCUUCAUUUACUGCGCUUGCGCUGACUUUACUUCCAGGCAUUCAUCGUUGAAGAGAACUAUUAGUAUUAGCUUUCAUGGCUUACGAACAAUCAGCCCUUCUAUUGAGAAAACAAUUGGCUGAUUUGAACAAAAAUCCAGUGGAAGGAUUUUCAGCAGGCCUGAUAGAUGAUGAAGACUUGUACAAAUGGGAGGUAGUCAUUAUUGGACCACAAGACACCCCAUAUGAAGGAGGAUUCUUUAAAGCACACCUUAUCUUCCCUAAGGAAUACCCCCAUAGGCCUCCAAAAAUGGUAUUCAAGUCAGAGAUUUGGCAUCCAAACAUUGGUCCUGAUGGAGUAGUGUGCAUAUCUAUCCUUCAUGAACCUGGUGAUGAUAAAUAUGGAUAUGAAACUGCUUCAGAACGUUGGUUACCUGUGCAUACAGUUGAAACUAUUUUAGUCAGUGUUAUAUCCAUGAUUUCUGAUCCUAAUGAUGAAUCGCCAGCCAAUGUUGAUGCAGCUAAAAUGUGGAGAGAACAGCCAGAAGAUUUCAAAAAACGAGUGGCACGUUGUGUCAGAAAAAGUCAGGAUGACUUCUUAUAGAAUACACUCAGCUUCUCAUCAGAACUAUUACCAUCCCUGUGAUCAUUUCCUGUUUCAUGAAGACUUUAUGGAGAGUUGAUAACUUAUUUCACACAGAAUUAAGUUCAAUACCAUUCUUAAUAUGCAAAACAUAUUUCAAACAGCAUGGUGGCAUUGUUCAUAGUGUGAAAGUUUUGUUUUGGAGUGUCUAGCUUUGUGGAUUUUUCUUUCUUAAAAUACUGGUUAGAUAUCGGAUAAAAAUUGGAGGUCUCAACAUUUUAAAGAGAUAAAGAAAUUGUAGCAAAAUAUGCAGAUGUUGUUUGAUUGUCAAAGGAGAGAAAUGAUUAAUAAUGAUGAAAGUACAUUAAGUACAUUUUCAUUACAAAAGAAGACAGUAAUCAAAAUUCAAGUCUGUUUUAUGCACUGGUCUGUAUGAAAUACAUUGCCAGUUGGCACCAUGUGACAUAAAUUGAUAAUGCACAAACAUUUACAAUAUGGGUGUACUUGAUGUGAGAGUUUUGCAAGUGCUAAAAGAUUGAGUUGAAUAGGAAUGUCUGAAAGAUUUGUUUUAAAACUACCUUAUUACUUAUUCAUCUUGGAAGUACCUCAUGUACUAUUAUGUGAAAUGAAGAGGGACAAAUUUAACCUCAUUUUUCAAAAUAUUUUGGACUUGGUAUUUGUAUGGAAAUGUUGACAGUGUGAAUGUUAAUCUUUCUAUUUAUUUUUUUCUGUUGAAAACAACAAAACAUCCGUUAGAUCUGAGAAUUAAUAAAAAGCUACUGAAAACAAAUAAGUGGAUAUCAAACUAAAGCAGAGCUGUGAUUUUAUCAUAAAUAUAGUGCUUUAUUUGGACUAUUGCCAACUAAUGUGUUUGAAGGUCUUUUAAGUGUCUUUCUGUUCUUCUUUUCACUUAUUUUUCAAUUCAUUUAGAUCUUGUAAAAUUGCAUUUGUUAUUACUUCAUAAUUAUAUUGUGUAGUAUUCCAAAGUAUGCAUAUUUUCUGUACAGAUACAAGUAAAGCCUACAACAUAUUAUUAUAUUCUUUGUUCCUGUAAUAUUUAUUAUUCAUUUGUGUAUAUGUGUAUUUGCUUCAAAUUGUUCCUGUUAUUCUGAAUUGGAAGCAUACUUAUAUGUACAUACAUAAAUAUAUUCUGGUUUUGAACUGAAGUUGGUGGAUAAAGAUAUAAUUAUUAAGGUGAGAAAAAAGUAUCACAAUUUAUUUUAAUGAAAUUAUAAGGGAUUCAUAAAUUUGGAAAUCGCAAAAGAAUGCAGCAGUUUUGAAACUUGGUUUUUAUGUGUCUGUGGAGUUUGCUUACCAUCAAAUUCAGGGCACUUGUUUUGAAUGAACAUUGUAUGUCAGUUAUAUUUGUCUCAGGUAAAUAAAUUCCUGUGUUGUAAAAAUUGA